CAUCAAAUCUCGCUGAGUUAUUGAAUAAUGUCAAUAAUAGUGCUAGGGAGUUUCGUGUUGCAAAGCUUGUAGAAUUCAUUCGUGAUAGGAUGCAGCAGUGGUUUCAUGAUCGGUCAGAAAUUGCUAGUUCCACUCGCACCCGUCUUUUUAAGAAAUGUGAGGCUCUCCUAAUUCAAAUGCAACGUGAAGCAUUUCGUAUGAAGGUAAAUCCAUCAUGUCCAUAUGAGUUUGAAGUUAUUGAUUUUCAUUCGCGCUCUUAUGUGGUCAAUUUAAAGGACAAAACAUGCACAUCUUGUGAAUUCCAACUUGAUCAAUUUGUUUGCGUUCAUGCGGUGGCUACUAUUGGGAGAUGUCCCGACUUAUCUUGUCAUGAUUUUAUCUCUCCUUUCUACAAAAUAGAGGUGUUAGUAUGUACAUAUGUUGCUACAGUCCACCCAAUUGGAAAUCUGUCUUCAUGGGAUGUUCCUCAACAGACUUUGUCAAUAAUUUCCAAACCACCACCCUGUGACGAACGCCCUCCAGGAAGGCCUAAGAAGAGGCUCUACCUGUGUAUUGGAGAGGGCUAUUGGGGACAACGUCAUGGAAAACAGAAGUGUUCACGCUGCAAAUGGUACGACCAUAACAAGAAGUCAUGUAGACAUCCUAUUCCAUCAGUGGAAGAUCCGAACACUAUUUGAUAUAUCUUUAUGUUGCAUUACAUGAUUUUUUAGUAUAGUUUAACUGUGUUAAAAUUGCUUGUACUAAAAUGUAAUGUACUUUUAAAAUGUCCUUCCAUCUUGACACUUUUAAUUCAUAAUUUCAUUUCAUCUUAAUUAGCUUUGUCAUUCAACGUUGUGUACAGUGCCACACAUCGGCAUAUACAUGACCAACUUCAGAGACUCUUAUAAAUUGUUGUGUAAAUG